AAAAUAAAAAAUAUAUUCGGAAAAAAUAUUUAAUACAAUACUGCGAGAUAUUUUACAGCUGCUAUGCAGCAGAGUGAGUUUUUUUACAAAGAAAGGUUGCCUAGCGCUCACCAUGCCAGGCGCAAACUAUGAACAGCUGCCGUUGAAUGCUGACACGGAGGAGGAUGUAUUUACAAGUAAACCAAAGAGAAAAUGGUCCGAUAUUUGUAUCCAAAAGAGUCUACUGUCCUUAGGCUUGAUUCUAGUGUAUUUUUCCCUGUCCAUCGGCCUAACAUUCUACCAGAGUUGGCUUCUAUCUAAAUUCACUUAUCCACUAACUGUGGUAAUGUACCACCUGGUGGUUAAAUGGAUACUCUCCGUGCUGGUGCGACUGGUGCUACGUAUCAUAACCGGAACUCCGCAGCUGGUACUGCCGUUCCUCACCUGCCUUCGAUCAGUGGCACCCACAGGCCUCGCCAGCGGCAUUGAUGUCGGCUUCUCCAACUGGGCACUCGGGCUUGUCACUAUUUCGCUAUACACGAUGACUAAAUCCACUACCAUAAUCUUUAUAUUGGGAUUUGCGAUACUUCUAGGAUUGGAAAAGAAGUCUUGGUCACUGGUGGGCAUAGUGUUCAUGAUCGCCGCCGGCCUGGUCAUGUUCACUUACAAGGCAACCCACUUCAACCUAGCUGGCUUCAAUUUCCUGUUGCUGGCGUCCUUCGCUGCCGGACUCCGGUGGACCUUUGCCCAACUCCUAAUGCAAAAGUCGAAGUUGGGCCUCCAUAACCCAGUCGACAUGGUGUUCCACGUCCAACCAUGGAUGUUUAUAUCGCUGCUGCCUUUUUUGAUUAUAUUUGAAGGGUUGGACUGCUUUUAUGAACUCCAGAAGCAAUCCGGCAAGGAGUUGGUUCCCACCAUCCUUAAAGUCUCCGUAGGUGCUACCAUAGCCUUUGCCAUGGAAAUAAGCGAGUUCCUCGUUGUUACAUAUACAUCUAGUCUUACGUUAUCUAUUGCUGGUAUAUUUAAGGAAAUGUGCAUCCUAGUCCUGGCGGUGAAGGUGAGCGGCGACCAGCUGAGUCUAAUCAACGUGGUCGGCCUGGUGUUAUGUCUUCUUGGCAUCAUCAGUCACAUAGUGCACAAAGUGCUGUUCAUAAAGGCAGUGGUCGGUAAGGUCAGUGUUGUAGACUCGGAGGACUUCGAAAAGAUCAACCGGACCAGGGGAUCCAAGAACGGAGAAGAACACCAUGAGCCUCUGUUGGAGAAGAAGUCGGCGGCGAGCGAUGACAGCGAUGUUGAUUCAAACACGAUACUCCACGAGAUCUUGCAGCGACGGGAUGGAAGGUAGGAUGUAAUAUCAAAUUUACAGUUCUACUAGUAAUGUGUUUGUUUAUUUUUCCAAUGUAAGGCUUGCAACACAUUUAUUCCGUGGUGACAAUAUACUUUUUUGCUGGUAAUUCCAGACAAAUCGUGAAUUCGUUCGUGAAUUUGCCAAUUGUCAGACACGCGAAGUUGAUAUCAUC